AUGGAAAGAAGAUACAGGAAGUGUGAGGAACCCAGACACACUAUGAAGGGCCCACAGACCGAGUGGCAACAUCUCCAAACUUGUCAGCACAAGCGGGUCGACAACGUAGUCCUGCCCUCCACACUCCAUCACGAGAUCCACAAGGACGAGGCUGUUUUUCCUCUGGCACCACAUCGAGCUGUCAGGCCGAAGAGAGACGGACGGACCUGCGCAGGUGUCCCAGACCCUCACAUCAUCCUUAUAUUUCACAUCAUCACGUCUCUGAGCGCAGUCAUGCCUGUUUCUGGGCUUUCUGGAGCCGGGUGUGUUUGGAUCCUGAGCUUUUGCGUCCUCCUGCAGUCUUCGGCUCGCUGCGGUCCAGUUCCUCGUCCUGGAGGUGCUGUGGACGAAGUGGACAUGCAGGAGGUUCUGGGUCAGUUUCUGCAGGUGUUGAACUGGACGGAUCAGGGGCCCCGGCUGAGGCCCCGCUCCGGACGCACAGAACCGCCCGAGUACAUGCUGGAACUGUACGAGCGAUUCACCAGCGACCGCAGCACCGCGCCAUCAGCCAACAUCGUCAGGAGCUUCAGGAAUGAAGACCACACCUCACACGGCGAGCUGAGCGAGAGCCUUCGGACGCACCGUCUCCUGUUCAACAUCUCUGUCCCGCGGCACGAGCGCGUCGUCAGCGCCGAGCUGCGGCUCCACAUGCUUCUCAAGACAGACUCGCGGCAUCGCACCGGAGCGGGCUGGAAGGUGAGCGUAUACGACACGCACCGGGACGGACGCUGCGGGAACGCCGAGGGUGAGAGAGAUCCGCUGGCUUCAAAGCACGUGCAUCGCAAGGACAGCGGCUGGGAGGCUUUCGAUAUGACCAACGCCAUCCAGCAUUGGAGGAAGAUCAGUACUGUGACCCCCAGCCUGGAGGUUCAUAUCGAAAACCUGCAAGCGUUUAGGAAUGCGAACGACUGGCCAGUGCUAGACAUUGACAGGAAUCUGGAUGGAAAACACGAGCCUGCGCUGAUCGUCUUCUCAGACGACACGAGUGACAUCCAUCAGGGCGCCCGGAGUGCCUGGAGCGAACUCAAGAGGAUGGAGAACCAACGCUGGACGGAUGAGAGCGUGGAUCAAGACGAAGCGCUGUUAACCCAAACGCGCUCGAACCUGAUCUACGACGACGGACCGAGAGUCCGGCGCAGCGCUAAAACAGAAGACUGCAGGAAAGCCGAGAUGUACGUGGAUUUUAAAGACAUCGGCUGGGACUCGUUCGUCUUGGCUCCGUCCGGUUAUCAGGCGUUCACCUGCCGCGGUGCAUGCAAUUAUCCUCUGGCUCGGGAAGUGACGCCCACCAAACACGCUAUAGUCCAGACGCUGCUCAAUCUGAAGAGUCCUCAGAGAGCGGCGCAGGCCUGCUGCGUUCCCACCGAGCUCAAGCCCAUCUCCCUGCUGUACGAGAACGAGCACGGCGUCGUGGUGUUGAAUAAUAAAUACGAGGGCAUGGUGGUCAAGGAAUGCGGAUGCAGAUAG